AUGUCUUCUUAUUCAUAUUUUUGUUGCUUAAUUUGCUGUCUUAUUUUUUGCGGCUUUCAGAUGAGAAGACAUUUUCAUUCGAGCAAGUUUCAGCAGAUAUCUCAUAAACAUUCUGAAUAUGAAUUUCUGAAAUUCGAAGGACAAGCAGCUGCUGGUUUCUCCGACAGCAUGAAGGAAAGCAAAAGUGUCAUAACUUCUGCAAAUUUAUUGUUCCUCCAAUGA